AUGAUCAACCCCCAAGACAGAUUCUGGUCCGAAGGCCAGAAGUACUGCGGCCCGAGCGAAAACCCCACCACUAAAGCUCACUGCAACAUCUGGGAUUGGGAUCAGCUUCAGAUGGUCAAAGUUAAAGGCAACGCCAGGCUGUUACCACCAGAGGAGGAUAGGGAGCUCUUGAUUUUGGCGCAAUUUGCCGAUUAUCUAUCGCCGGAAGUUCGUGCUAUCACAGUCGAUGAUAACGAGCUCCUUAUCGGGGUUUUGACAGAUCCGGAAGAAAGAGGACGAUGCUCUAUUUCUUGUACAUGUUCCUUUCUCACUAUGUAA